AUGUCUCCUGACACUAUUCGACUGGCCACUGGUCAUGAAAUGCCUUUGAUAGGCUUUGGACUAUGGAAGAUCCCUUCCAACCAGAAAGCUGAAUCUGUCUACAAUGCGAUCAAGAUAGGAUAUCGACUCUUUGACGGAGCGUAUGACUAUCAAAACGAAAAGGAGGCAGGUGAAGGGAUCCGGCGCGCUAUCAACGAAGGAAUAGUAACCCGUGAAGACGUCUUUGUCACGACUAAGCUAUGGAACAACUAUCACCGUAGAGAGCAUGCGCUAGUAAUGGCAAAAGCUCAGAAUGACGCCUGGGGUCUUGGAUAUAUCGAUUUAUACCUGAUACACUUCCCCAUCGCGACAAGCUACAUCCACCCAGAAUCACUCAACUACCCUUCAUGGUGGAUGGAUCAUGAGCAUAAGAUUGUAACGCCGCGGGCGGAAGUGCCCAUCCAUGAGACUUGGCAGGCGAUAGAAGAGGCUGUGGACGCAGGAAUCGUCAGAUCUAUCGGAAUCUCCAAUGCACAGGCGCAGAUGCUGUACGAUAUUCAGACAUAUGCCCGUCACCCAAUAUCCUCGUUACAAAUCGACCACCAUCCAUAUUUGGUACAGCAGGACCUCGUGCUGCUCUCGCAAGAAGCCAAAAUCGCGCUCACUGCAUACUCGUCGUUCGGCCCGCAGAGUUUCCUGGAAUUGCCGCCAGCAUUUCGCGCCCGUGCUAAGGAUGUUGCUUCCUUGUUUGAUGUGGAGGUGGUUAAGAAAGCGGCAGCAGCACAUCAAAAAACAGCAGCACAGGUGCUUCUGCGCUGGGCUACGCAGCGGAACAUCGCUGUGAUACCCAAAUCGAACAAUCCCCGUCGACUCCAAGAGAACCUUGAAGUGGGAGCGAGCAGUUUUGAUUUGACCAAAGACGAGAUUGAUGGCAUCACCGCACUCGACAGGGGGUUGAGGUUCAAUGACCCAGGCUUCUAUCUUCAGCAGCCCCUGAGGAUCUUUGCAUAG